AUGUGUCAUAAUCGUGAUGUGGCAUCUAUUAAUGUUACCAUGUGGGUCGGCGGGUCAUUUGAAUUCAAUGAGCGAUCUCAAGUUGGUUAUUACUUGGACGACUACAGACGUGUGCUUAUAUCAUCCUGUAGUAGUUUUGAUGUAGGUGGUGAUGCUCCAGAUGGACGGGUCAGCAGCUGCGUAGUAAUUAAGAGGUGGCUGAGAGUGGCAUGCGCCGGCGCACAAUGCGGUUCAAUUGAAUGA